AGAGCGAAUGUGUGUGUAUUGCAGGCUGGUGUCCGAUUGUAUUGCGAGAGACCGGGAGUGUUAUGCGGUAGAGCGCCUCAACACACGGGCCUUAACUUUAUCAUCAACGUCGUCCACGAAUUCCAAUGGCCUCUACUUCCUCCGGGCAAGAUACAUCUGCAAAUCCAAACAACUCGCAGGCUGCAAAUAAGGACACGAAGCAGUACACGGAACGCGUUGUAAAAAGUGUUCAAUAUCCGGUGUCGGACCGGCUAAACGUCGAUCAAGUGUUCGAUCGGCGGACGGGAAAGCCUCGUCAUGAAGUUCUUAGAGAUUACUUUAUCAAGGAGGGUCGUAUUGAGGAGGACGCAGCAAUUCGAAUUAUACAGGAAUGUACAGCACUCUUUCGGCAAGAGAAAACUAUGCUUGAUAUAGAAGCACCAGUGACAGUAUGUGGUGACAUACACGGACAAUUUUACGACCUCAUGAAAUUAUUUGAGGUUGGUGGCUCACCAGCUACAACCAAAUACCUGUUCCUUGGUGAUUAUGUGGAUCGAGGAUACUUUUCCAUCGAAUGCGUUUUGUACUUAUGGGCGUUGAAAAUCUGCUAUCCUAACACGCUGUUUCUUUUGCGAGGGAAUCACGAAUGUCGUCACUUGACCGAGUAUUUCACAUUCAAACAGGAAUGUAAAAUCAAAUAUUCGGAACGUGUAUACGAUUCAUGCAUGGAUUCAUUUGACGCAUUGCCGUUGGCGGCUUUGAUGAAUCAACAGUUCCUGUGCGUGCAUGGUGGCUUGUCGCCUGAGAUUCACACGUUGGAUGACAUCAAAAGGUUGGAUCGCUUCAAAGAGCCACCUGCUUUCGGCCCAAUGUGCGACCUCCUUUGGUCAGAUCCCCUCGAGGACUUUGGCAGUGAAAGGAACGCUGAGCAGUUCAGUCAUAAUUCUGUUCGCGGCUGCUCGUAUUUCUAUAGCUAUGCUGCAUGCUGUGAUUUUCUCCAGCAUAACAAUCUUUUGUCCAUUAUUCGCGCCCAUGAGGCUCAGGAUGCGGGGUAUCGAAUGUACCGAAAAUCGCAAGCGACGGGAUUUCCUUCACUCAUUACUAUAUUUAGUGCUCCAAAUUAUCUCGAUGUAUAUAACAACAAAGCGGCCAUCCUGAAGUAUGAGAACAAUGUGAUGAAUAUUCGGCAGUUCAACUGUAGUCCACAUCCGUACUGGCUGCCAAAUUUCAUGGAUGUUUUCACAUGGUCAUUACCAUUUGUUGGUGAAAAAGUCACGGAGAUGCUCGUGCACAUCUUGAAUAUAUGUUCAGACGACGAGUUAAUGGCCGAAGGAGACGAUACGUUUGAAGGUGGUGUACCGUCAGCUCGAAAAGAAGUAAUACGGCACAAAAUUCGUGCUAUAGGAAAGAUGGCGCGUGCUUUCUCUGUGCUCAGAGAAGAAAGCGAGACGGUGUUGGCGCUCAAAGGCCUCACACCUACGGGCACACUUCCGCUGGGCAUACUGCACGAGGGCAGACGCGGAGUGCAAGAGGCCUUAUCAGGAGUGCAACCUGGUCAUCGUAUCCAGUCAUUUGCCGAAGCGAAACGGUUGGAUCAAAUGAACGAGCGUAUGCCGCCGUCAAUGGCUACGCCACCGCCUGGCCAGUCACCGUCAUCGUCACCGCAGCCACGUGCGCGUAACGGACCGGAUGCGUAAGCAAUGCAAUGUCCGUGCACAAAUGUAUUCCUCCAACUCCGUCUACUGUUCUCCAUCGCCUUGUCAUGCCAUACACCACACCUUACAUACAGAUUCAUACACAAGAGAUACACGCAGAGUUUCUUUUACCAACACAACAUCUCUUCAAUCGUCUACGUCUAACUCUCUCGUCGUUGGUGACAUAUCUACAUAUCGAACUAGUCCGUAGUGUGCGCAUGACGUUUUCGCUUCGUCUAGUCUUAUUGCAAUUUUUAAAAUCUCUUCAGAUGUUCUGAGUGAACCACGUGUACUGUAGAAUUCGCAGUGAACGCACCGCAUGUGUCUGUUUAUCGAGUUUAUUCUAGAGAUUGAGAGCAGGCGUAUAUCCUAUACCAUUGUCUUGAGUCAGAUUAUAAGGUCCCUUUUCUUAUAAAAAUACCCUCUUACAAAUCUUGCUUGCCUGAUAUACAGAUACAGACGUACUAGUGGUCGAACAUAUACCCUAUUUAGCCUCAAACUGCUCUAUGAAUCAUCGACGAUUUCUUGCGCACGCCGUCAGACUCGCUGCUACCAUAGGUUUAGUGCGAAUAGCGUUUGAUUACUCGAAUAUUUGGCUGAAGUGUUCUCAUCAGUGACUCACAUGCAACACUUUCACCCACAGUGCAGAGCAGCAAAAGGUGUGACUCCUAUAUUCUAGCCGUACGUACAGCUUAUGGGGAUUGACAAGUCGUCGCUUUGCUUGUUGCUCUUCAUCUCUUCCGGUGUACAAGAAGUUCAGUUUAUCGUUGAGGCUGUGUCUGUGCUUUUUCCUCUUUGGAUUUUGUGUGCAACAUGCUCCAUAGGUCAGGAAGUUUUUGAGGAGUUCCACUGAGCAGAUCAAUGGUGGGGUUUUUGGGUUAGGAAGAUGCAGUUCUUAUCGUUGGAAUUGAGACUUUAGUUCUAGAAUUAUCACCAUUGACUGUAAAUAAUCUAGAGCGAGUACCUAGGUGAAAAGGUAUUCAACAGGAUUGUUGUCGUUGCGAUCACAGUUUAUACUUUUUCGGAUUACUGACUCAUUUGCCCCCUUCCCCUCCCCUCCCCCUACUACACGCAUUUUUGCUUCUCAGAGUUCUUCCUUCAUGAGUUCAAAAGCUAUUUGUAUGCUUUGCAUUCUCCUUCUUUUACCUAUCCCAGCAUUGUUCUCUUGUUUAUACCUUUCUUUCGCACUGCUUUGGCUUCGUCACAUAGAAAAAAACUACAAGACACCUUUCCAUGCGUUGCUCAUUGUGCUCUUGAAAUAGUCGAAUUAUGUUUGUCCCCCUACGUUCCCCAAUCAGCUAAACCUUCCUCCUUACUACAAUCGCGUUCCGCAACCCCCGCAAUCAGUCGCACAUCACAAUCUACCCAUGACGACAAUCCCUUCGUUUGAUGAUUUCCGAAAUAUUAUUUAUGUCCUCAUUUUUUGUUAUAUACUUUUUCAUUUGUAAUUCUGUGUUGCAGAAGUCUUUUAUUUAUAUAAAACUAUUUCUUUGUAAUAACUUCGUCAUGUUGUUUAUGUCAUUAAAGAAUGGAUCUUUUUUGAAUC